ACGUUCGCCAUUUGGGUCGUGACCACGGAGUCGUGACCGUCAUUAAAGGUUAAGGGCCUGAGAUCGUCGCCCGCGACGAAAGGGGAGGCCGACUGCUCCCUGGAGAACGAGCGUCUCGCUCAUCGCUGUUCGCGUCAUCCUUGUGCAGCACCGCAUCAACUGCCGACCGUCGUCACAUCGAGACACAUUUUACUACUUUGGCACUGACGAAACAUGGCUUAUUGAAGAAGAUGAAGGGUGCGCGCAAAGAUAUCGUUUCUCCGAGGAGAGGAGACGGAGGAGACUGCAGCUGCAACGAGGCGAGUUACCAGACUGACUACAGUCGAUUUGCAAAUGGAUAUAAAGUCAAAAUUCAUGCUGUCCCCUGCGAGGGGGACUACUGCUGAUGUCAGAAAGAACAAAGAUGUCAAUAAUGAGCUCCAUCUGGGAACUUUGCGCAGAAGAGAACUUGCUGGCGCCAAUAACAUCCCUGAUGAUGUACAGCCGACAAGGUACAAUGUACAGAAAGCAAAAGAUCUUAUUAAGAGACAGAGACCUAAAGGACAAUAUCAUGGCGGUGCAGAGGAGAAUUCCAAGGUAGUGGAGGAGAAGAUGCCUGAGUAUGGCUCAGUAUUGGUUCAAAGAAGCAAAAAGAACGGCAAUCAUUUGCUGAAUUUUCACUACGAGCGAUAUGUGAUGCGAGAUGCACAAAACAGGGAUGUAGGGAGACAUAAUUCCAACAGUAAUAGAUUGCUGCCACCAGUGCAGCGGCAUAAAUACAACAAGGAACAAUUUGUACAAGCUAGUUGCCAAUUUGUUGUGACUGCAAGUAGAGAUUACUCCUUGCAUUUGACUAACCCAGAUAUUCUUGUGGAUUGGAAAUCGAUUGAACAAAUUAUAUUACACAAUUCAGAAAAUCUCUCAUGUCCUAUUUGUUUACAUCCACCAGUCGCAGGCAAAAUGACUCGCUGUGGUCAUGUUUAUUGCUGGCCUUGUAUUCUCCGUUAUUUACGUUAUUGUCAAGAAACAGGCAAUUACAAAUGUCCGAUUUGUGAUGAAUAUCUUCACAAAAAUGAUUUGAAGAGCGUGGUUGAGAUUACGCGCAGGUUAUUUAAUUUGGGCGAUACAGUCAAUCUAUGUUUGAUGCGUCGUGAAAAGAAUUCUUUGUUUACAACGCCUGUGAAAUCUGCUGUUCGACCUCCGACAACGUUUUUGUCUGUUUCGGAAAAUGCUGAUAAUCAAAUAUAUUCAAAACUUCUUAUCGCAAAUGUGAAUGAUAUUGUGAACAUCAUAGAGUGUGAGAGUUCAGAAUUAGAACUUGAGUUGAAGAUUAAUCCAGCCAUGGCUCCUGAUAUCAAGCAAGCGCUCAGUGAACUAUCAAAGAGGAAAGAAAAACUGUUGUGGCAGAUCGCAGAAUCUAAAGAUGCUCCAUUAACUGAAAAUAUAACGGAAAAAGAAAUUGCUGAAGAAACAUGGCAAAAAUAUGAAGUAGAUAUUGAUACAUGCAAAGAUGAUGACAAGUCUUUAGCAAAACAGUCUUCGACAGACAGUGUUUCCAGUGAUAGCCAGACUACUUCAAGUCCUAGCAAAUUUUCUUACUUUUACCAAGCGGAGGAUGGACAACAUCUGUAUCUACACGCGGCGAAUGUGAAAAUGCUGGAAAAGCAGUAUGGCAGUUUGGAAUACUGUCCACCUGUAAUUACGGGCAAGCUUCUCGAAAAGGAAGCAAGCAUUUGCACGGAAGAAUUAAGACGAAGAUUACGUUAUCUUUGCCACUUACCACUUACUUGUCCAUUUGAAUUAGCUGAAAUCGAAUUAAAAUCACCAUUAGUAUCAGAGGAUGUCCUUCGUGCUUUUCAUGAGCAACUAAAAUCGAGACAGAAAUACAGAGAACAGAGAGAACGCGAAGAAAGAAAGAUAGAGAAAAAGAUAAUAGAAGAAGAAAAUAGACAAAUUGGCAUAUAUCCAACGCCCGACAUAGAUAUUGAAUCCUAUCAACAUUUUCCUCAAUUGCAGUCAGAAUUACAAUUGUCCAACGAGAACGUUCUGUCACCUUCUGAAUCAGUUAUGCCAAGUAUUGCUAGUAGUCCACCAGCUUUAAAUGCAUUUGAAGAAAUUGCUCCAAAACAAGAAACGGAUCAUUCGCGCGAACAAACUCGAACAUUCGCGGAUAUAACAAAACGGUUAUCAACAAUACCAACAAAAAUGUCUAAUAAAUCCGCCAAUGCAUGGCCGGUUGUAAAAUCAAAGACACACUCUGGUACGACAAAUGCAUGCUUCAACAGAGACGAAGAAGUAUUGUCAAAAACUCAUAAGUCGACUAAUGCUUGGCCGCCUGUUAAAUCAGGAAUGCUCGCUAGUACACCAGGUACCUCGAUUAACGAAAAUGGAAAGAAAACUUACGUUUCUGAAGAAGCAAAAAACGAAAGUAACACGUUUGGUAAAAAGAAGAGGACUAAAAAGAAAGGAAAAGGAACCGUACUGUUUACAACUGGUAUGACAUCUGGUUAUUCUUUAUAAUUAUCGUAUAUUAUCAGUUUUAUUGCUAUUUACGCGCUGUGCCUAAUGAUAAUUUUAGUAGAAUUUUAUUGGACCACAAAUAGUAGAAAAUUUGAUUUCAUUUACAGCUCUUGCCACCAUUGUUUGAUGUACUAAAAAUACGUACGGCAUACGUAUUAAAUAUCCUUAUUUGUCUAUACUGAAAUUGUAAUUAUUUGCUAUAGAAAAAGAAAAGAUUGCCAAGGUUCUCGAUAUUGCGCUUACAAAUAAAAUUUUACUUCAUUUAAAUAUUUGUUUAUUUCAUUAGAAACCCCUUUCUCUUCCUCAAACCUCAUGCUCUAAAUAAAACGAAUCUGCGUUCUUCUGGUACAAAUUAAAACGAGAAGUUGAAAUAUUAGGUGGAUCCAUAUAUUCGUUCGGUUUUUGUUAAUGAAAAUUUUUUCCGAGUAUCUCCGGUUCUGGUUGCCUUCAAAAACCGAACGAAUAUAUGGAUCCACCCAAUACAAUCAAACUUCUAAUGUUUAAAUUAUUUGUCUUUUCUAUCUUUUGAUAUUGCUAUGAAUGUUAUACAUGCCGUGUUCCGACAUGCACUGUCAAUACUGAAAAUAUACACAGUACACUAUACAUAACGUUAAUCCCAUGGUGAAUUCUCGACGUUAAUAAUAAACUUUCAAUACUGAUAAUGUAUAUCGAAACAUAGUCACAAAUAGGAAGAAUCAGCAUUUUCUAAUCGUUGAAGUACGGUUAUUAUUCAUAUAUAUAUUGUAAUUUGAAUUGUAUAAAAUUAUCGUACUAUUUUAUAUUUAUUAUCGGGGAUGAAAGAAUGCAAUAUUAAUUUUUGGUAAUCGCUCUAUAUUUAUGAAGUUUAGAACAUAGAAAAUUAACAAUAGAUCGUCUUGAGAAUAAACUGUAAGUACAGUACGAUAAUAAAAUAAAUAAAUUAUAAAGAGUACAUUUACUUCAAAAUAGAAAAUGGUGAAAUAGAGGAACUUGUUUAAAAGACGACGCUAGAGAAAAGUAUGUAAGGAAUGAUUAGAGCAAAGACCGCAGCUAUAUAAUAAUUCUUAUGUUCGUUCAUUCGUUUUUUUUUCUUAAUCAUAUUCCUAUAUUUUUUUUUAUCAAAGAAUGCGUAUUGCGCAGAGGAUGACCAUGGUGACCUGGUUCUUAAUCGCAUUCGUUUAUUUUUUUUAAAUAUAUUUAUUAUCGGGAUAAAAGAAUGCAAUAUUAAAUUUUGGUAAUCGCUCUAUAUUUACAAAUUUGGAACAUAGAAAAUUAACAGACAUUGUCUCGAGAAUAAACUAUAAGUACAAGAUCUGUUGUUUAUUUUCCAUGUUCUACUUCGUAAAUAUAGAGAUUAUCAAAAUUUAAUAUUGCAUUUUUCUUUUAUCCCGAUAAUAAAUAUAUAAAAUAGUACGAUAAUUUUUAUCAAGGAAUGCGUAUUGCGUGCAGAGGAUGCCCUUGA